AAUAACUACCUGGAUGCCAAUGAGCCCCCGUCCUCGGAAGCCCGUCUGAGCCGCAUGCACUUUCAUGACAACCAGAGGAAAGUCGACUAUGUACUUGCAUACCACUACCGGAAACGAGGUGCACACCUGGGUCACGGCUCCCCUGGACACUCGCUGGCUGUUAUCUCCAAUGGGGAGACAGGCAAGGAGCGCCAUGGAGGGGGCCCUGGUGAUGUUGAACUUGGGCCACUGGAUGCUCUGGAAGAGGAAAGGAGGGAGCAGCGAGAUGAAUUUGAGCACAACCUGAUGGCGGCUGGGCUGGAGCUNGAGAAGGACUUGGAGAGCAAAAGCCAGGGAUCUGUCUUUGUCCGGAUCCACGCCCCAUGGCAGGUGCUGGCCAGGGAAGCAGAGUUCUUGAAGAUCAAAGUCCCCACCAAGAAAAUGUACGAGAUCAAAGCAGGAGGUAGCAUCGCAAAGAAGUUCAGCGCCAUUCUGCAGACGCUCAGCUCACCCCUGCAGCCCAGAGUUCCUGAACACAGCAACAACAGGAUGAAAAACCUCUCCUACCCAUUCUCCAGGGAAAAAAUGUACCUGUCUGUGGCCGAAUAUAGGCGUGUGAAUAACAGCGAUGAAGCACAUCCCUCGCUCAUCCCUCCUUCUGGAAGCUUUUCUUCCCUAGUCUCUGCCUUUUCCUUGGUACAUGAGAUUCUGAAGCGGACGGCCUGUUCUCGAGCCAACAACACGAUGGGUAUUAACUCUCUAAUAGCAAACAAUAUCUACGAGGCUGCCUACCCGCUUCAUGACGGUGAAUAUGACAGUCCAGGGGAUGACAUGAAUGACAGAAAGCUGCUGUAUCAGGAAUGGGCACGCUAUGGAGUGUUUUACAAAUUUCAACCCAUUGACCUCAUCAGGAAGUAUUUUGGAGAGAAAAUUGGGCUGUAUUUUGCUUGGCUGGGGUUGUAUACAUCAUUCCUGAUCCCGUCUUCUGUCAUUGGUGUGAUUGUGUUUCUUUAUGGAUGUGCAACAAUAGAGGAAGAUAUUCCCAGCAAAGAGAUGUGUGACCACCAGAAUGCCUUCACCAUGUGUCCCCUGUGUGACAAGUCCUGUGAUUAUUGGAACCUCAGCUCAGCCUGUGGGACUGCACGGGCCAGUCAUCUGUUUGACAAUCCAGCCACCGUCUUCUUUUCCAUUUUCAUGGCUCUGUGGGCUACCAUGUUUCUGGAAAACUGGAAGAGACUCCAGAUGCGGUUGGGCUACUUCUGGGACCUGACUGGGAUUGAAGAGGAAGAAGAACGUUCCCAGGAACACUCGCGGCCUGAAUAUGAAACCAAAGUACGAGAGAAACUGUUAAAGGAGAGUGGCAAGUCAGCGGUUCAGAAGCUGGACGCAAAUUCACCUGAGGAUGAUGAGGAUGAUGAAGACAAACUGACUUGGAAAGAUCGUUUCCCAGGAUACUUGAUGAACUUUGCCUCCAUCUUGUUUAUGAUUGCCCUGACGUUCUCCAUUGUCUUUGGGGUCAUUGUAUAUCGGAUCACAACUGCAGCUGCCCUGUCUCUCAACAAGGCCACACGCUCCAAUGUCCGGGUGACAGUGACUGCAACAGCAGUCAUCAUCAACCUUGUGGUCAUCCUCAUCUUGGAUGAGAUUUAUGGUGCUGUGGCCAAGUGGCUUACCAAAAUCGAGGUUCCGAAAACAGAACAGACUUUUGAAGAACGGUUGAUCCUCAAAGCUUUCUUGCUCAAGUUUGUCAAUGCCUACUCCCCCAUCUUCUAUGUGGCCUUUUUCAAGGGGAGGUUUGUGGGCAGACCUGGAAGCUAUGUCUACGUGUUCGACGGUUACCGCAUGGAAGAGUGUGCUCCGGGAGGCUGUCUCAUGGAGCUGUGCAUCCAACUCAGCAUCAUCAUGCUGGGCAAGCAGCUGAUCCAGAACAAUAUCUUUGAGAUUGGAGUCCCGAAGCUAAAGAAACUCUUUCGGAAGCUGAAAGAUGAGACAGAGCCUGGAGAAAGUGACCCUGACCACUCAAAACGUCCAGAGCAGUGGGACCUGGACCACAGCCUAGAGCCUUACACUGGGCUGACUCCUGAGUACAUGGAAAUGAUCAUCCAGUUUGGUUUUGUCACCCUUUUUGUGGCCUCCUUUCCUCUGGCCCCCGUNUUUGCUCUCCUCAACAAUGUCAUUGAAGUACGGCUGGAUGCAAAAAAGUUUGUUACAGAACUGAGACGCCCAGAUGCUGUGAGGACCAAAGACAUUGGAAUUUGGUUUGACAUUCUCUCUGGAAUUGGCAAGUUCUCCGUCAUCAUUAAUGCUUUUGUCAUUGCUGUCACCUCCGACUUUAUCCCCCGCCUUGUGUACCAGUACUCCUAUAGCCACAAUGGGACGCUACAUGGCUUCGUGAACCAUACACUCUCCUUUUUCAACGUCAGUCAGCUGAAGGAGGGAACACAGCCUGAAAACUCACAGUUCGACCAGGAGGUUCAGUUUUGCAGGUUCAAAGAUUAUCGAGAACCACCAUGGGCACCAAACCCUUAUGAGUUUUCCAAGCAGUACUGGUCUGUUCUGUCUGCCCGUCUGGCCUUUGUUAUCAUCUUCCAGAACCUAGUGAUGUUCCUGAGUGUCCUGGUGGACUGGAUGAUUCCGGAUAUCCCCACUGACAUCAGCGACCAGAUUAAGAAAGAGAAGAGCUUGCUGGUAGACUUCUUUCUGAAGGAGGAGCAUGAGAAGGUCAAGCUGGCUGAUGAGCCCGCCCAGAGGAGCCAGGGAGGUGGGGAUCGGAGCAGGAGGAGCCGUGCAGCCAGCUCUGCACCAUCAGGCCNGAGCCAGCCAGGCAGCAUAGCAUCCUCAAGGUCCCAGCACACCAAUGUAUGAGCCAUUGGCAGCAGAGGAGGGCAUGUUAUGGUGAAACGCAUGCGUACACCAUAUGUUCCUAUAACACAAUGGUACCUNUUCUGCUGGGAACUGGCUUAUGGGUGUCUCCAAAAGGAAGUUACAGAAANGGAAGUAGAGUGAGAGAGUGCAGGAGGGAAGGAAGCUGUACAGCUUCUCAAAAAAGCUAGAAGCUUGUGUUUCUUUUAGGUUGACUUUUGAGCUGUGUCCUUUCAGGGAGUUGGUACCCCAUGGGGUUUGCUUCACCAUAGAAUUCUCUCGGGUCCUUUCUUAUUCUUCACCAUCAUCUUAGGUGAAAGAAGUUCAGUGAGGGUCCCAUCCAUCCUAGCACCCAUCUAACUGAUCACACCCCCUUCAUACUGUCACCCUGGAAAAACCUCUCAGAGACACUUGUGAAUGGGGCCACAACAAGGCUGGGCAGAUGCAAAUGAAGUUACAGGAUUGAUUUCUGUGGCCACUGGACCUGGUGGUAAGGAAGAAAGGUCCUGUCCAGGUUUGUCUGCAGCUCCUGUGACAAGGAUGCAUACAAUGCAACUCAUGGCCGUUUUAUGCAAGUUCCNGUUUAAAAUAAAAUAAAUGGAAAGAGUCUUUUUUUAAAAAAAAA